GUAUUGAAUCAUUAAUAUAGAGCUUGACAGCUAUAUUUUGACAUGCUUCAUUGAAGAUCCCAUAAUAUUGAAGAUUCGCCAGUCUGUGGAGAUUGUUUACUUGUGCUGUUAGAUAAUCAAUUCUUUGAUUCUACAGUGCUUAUUUCUGAAUUUAGGAAAGAUAGACAUAGGAAAUUCAGCACAUCCAACCUAUUUCCUGCAAAUUUCAUGAUAGAGAUCGUCAGAUACAAUUGUUAGCUCAUCAAGUGCGGAAAGCAAAGAGAAUCACAAUAAAGAACGUCAUUCAAGAUAAACACUAAUAUUAUAUACACCCUAAUACUUCUUAAAAAAGAGAGAGAGAGAAUUUAUACCAUUUACUACUAUUUAUUUAGUCCUCAACUCCUGCAACAGGUAAUGUUUCAUUAAUGGGAAGCUGAUAUUAUUGCUUCUGUUGCAAUAUAAGAAUCUUAAUAUGCUAAAGCUAAACUAUCUGGAAAAUUAUAUAGUUAAAGAAAGGACAUGCCACUUUACUUCUCAACGACAAAAUUAUAUGGUACUAAGCAAUUGAAAGGACAAAAUAUACAUCCCAACAUGGUUAUGCCAUUUAGGAGCUUAAGAAGAUAUUGACUAGUUGUUUGAGGAAAUUGUGCCUCCAGUGAACAUCUUGGUGCUCAAACAAGGAAAAAAUCAAAGAACUUUUGAAUUGAAUGCAUUCUAAAGAAGUAUUAGCCCAUGUUUUUGUAGUCAAUAGCUGAGAGAUGGGAAAAACACAUAUAAGAAGAACGUGGGAAAUUAGGCUCAAAACUUGUGCACCAGUCCAGUAUUUCCUGAGUCUAGCUGUUAAAAGUACAUGGCUCCUGGACCAAAUGACAGGCUUGAAAAAGCCACUUCCUCAGCUAGUGUACUUGAUGAAGAGCACCAAGCUGUUGAAAGGACCAAUAGCGAAAAUAAAUCAACAAGACACCCUCGGUGGACCAAGCAAGAAACACUAAUCCUCAUUGAAGGGAAAAAUAUUGCAGAGAGAGUCAAGGAAGGAAGGGCCGCAGAUCCAGCUCUCAUCUUUGUUACAGGUCAGCAUGAACCCAAAUGGGACUCUGUCUCAUCGUACUGCAGAUUGCAUGGGGUGAACAGAGGGCCGGUCCAGUGCCGAAAGCGAUGGAGCAAUCUUGUUAGUGACUUCAAGAAAAUAAGAACAUGGGAGUCACAGGUAAAAGAAGAAGGUGAAUCAUUUUGGAUGAUGAGAAAUGAUUUGAGGCGGGAGAAAAACUUCCAGGUCACUUUGAUAGAGAAGUCUGCUGUCCUCAAUGGAAACUCCUAUCAAGCUGUAAUGGGAAUGAGUGUAGAUGGAAGAGAGGCUGAUGGGACAUGUGUAGCAGAUACUGAGGAUGAGGAUGAGGAGGAUGUUAACAGGGGGAUAGAAACGGGGGUAGUCUUUGAUAGUGGUACUCAUGCCAGACCAGAAACUCUAAUUUCACAUCUUGAGAAGUGCGCUCAGGGGAAAAUUUUCAGGGGUCCAAACGUACAAGUUGCAAGAGAAAGUCCAAGAAGCAAUUCCCCUGCUCCAAUGCCUCUAUCAGGUUUGAUACAUGCUCAAGUAUCCUUUCAUCCAAGACUUCAGCAAGCAACCAACUUGGUUGAUUGUUCAAAACUGCCGCCCACUUCCUUUUAUUUAUUAUUCUACACCUUCAAAAGAUAUACAGUAUAGGUUUGGUUAGCUCAUUCAACUAUAUAUGUCACUGUUAGACUUAUCUUUCUCUAGAGGAUGCUUAUAAAGUUAAAAUCUGAUCUGCAAAUUGAAUCUCUCCGAGUAAAUCUUCUGUUUUGCUUUCAAUCACUGAGUGAGUCUUACACGAAAAUAGUUCUUUUCCCUUGAAACUGUUAUGCUAACAAUUGCCUCUUAAAGCAGAGAAGCAUUGUCAACACUUUCAUCAGCAUACUCCAACCAAGGUAAACCUAGAUAUCUUCAUCCCAUUAUGUCAUUUAUUAUUAACCACACGGAAGAGGGAUGACAUGCUAUUAUUUCUCCAUAUUCAAAAAAUUCAUGCUGUCACUAUGAACUCGUAAUAUUAGUCAGAAUUUGUAUAUCUAGUCUAGUUAAUCAAUGAUGAAAAUUUUUCAGUUGCCUAGCAUUUGUUUAACUAGCUUGUGACCCUUAGGUCCAGCAAAAGGAAAACAGCCAGGCCCACAUUUCUGGACAAGAAGAGUCUCUCAGGAGGAUGUGAAGAGAAGAAGACUAUCCUUGGAUAAAUGUGAAGAUUUCAACCUCAGUCAGCACUUGAUCAAGGUUUUGGAAAGAAACAAUCGUGUACUAAAUGCACAACUGGAAACCCAAAGAAUGAACUCACAGUUAGACAGAGAGCAGCAGAAGGCCCACACUGAUAUACUAAGUUCUGCUCUCAGUAAGAUUUGCGAUGCUUUUUCAAGAAUUGCAGAUAAGUUUUGACAAAGGAAGAUAAUACAUGUUCUUUGCAGCACCAGUUUUUACCCCAGCAUUCAACCUAUGGAUAGAGAAUUUAUUAUCCUUGUGUAGUAGCAAUUAGAUUCCUUUACUUCCCUAACAUAUCAAAAGUUGCUCUAGCAUUUUAAUGGUAUUUAAUUCUCUGAUGUAAAAUCCUUGACUACCCAGGUCAUUUCCCAGUAAUGAUUUGAUUUUUUUUUUUCCAUUAAACAGCCUUAUGGUAGCAUUCUGGGUCUUAAUCGGAAA